GUGCCGUUCCUCGACGCGAUGAUCGCCGGGCGCGCGUGGGCGGUCGUCGGCACGGAGCAGAGCACGUAUAGCGCGUUCGUGGCGGAUGUGCUGUGGAGGAGGUAUCAUGGCUUCGAGAUCGUGCAGAGGGGUUAAGAGGGACGGUAUAUGGGUGCUCGGGUCGUUGUUCUGCCGGCUUGGACGUCGGGUCUUAUCCUCUCCUCACUUGGUGUGUCGCGGCGCAAGGACUGGAGCAACGAAGCAGCCACGGCCUUGCCAAUGCAGCAGCGUAACUUACAAGUUGGAUGCCCUGGCGACUACGUUGCUCGAAUGAUACUUGAUGGGUGUGCGCUCCAACUGUUCAACGCAAGAUGGCUGCUCCACCGUACUGCGAUGCCGGAGACCUGAUUGUCGCUACGCUUCUUUGCACAAACAAUGCUAUGUUCAUGCACUUCCACCGACGCUAGCUUGCGCCGCC